ACAUCCAAGGAAGAAUGCCAAGAUGUGACAGCAGAAAAGCUGUACAUGAUCUCCUAAAAGAGGUCAAAGAGAAAAACAAGCGCAGAGACAACAAAGCUCUUUCAAAUUGUACACUAGUCUGUAACCACACAAGUCAUGACAGUUUGAGAAAAUUUGUGGAGCUGGAAAUAAAAGUAAGAUCCUUUUUUUUUACAUUUGACCACUAGUCUAUCUUACUCUACACCAGUUAACCAAUGGGAUGACGUUUGCAAAUUAACUAGGUUAUCAAAAAGACUGGGAAGGAAAACUCCUUAUAGAGCAAUCUGCAAGGAAUAUACAGAUUUCAAACAAAAGGGUGAAUCAUCUAUAGAAGAAAAAGGAACACCUUUCGGGACAAUGGGACGAAGAAAACACAAAAUAGAAAGAUAAGUACAUAUCCUGAUGCUGAAUAUAUUAAGAUCUUAAAUGAUAAAUUGCCAUGAUGGGUUGUAAUGUAUUAAUUUGGGGCUUGGAGUGUUCACUUUUUUCCUAAACCUAUCACCAAAGUUUCACUACAAUAUGUACGCAUACAAGAAUUGUCUCAAAUCCCAACAGAGAAAAAUAAGGAAAAGAAAGUUCUCCCAGCAUGUAGUUAGGCUUGGAAAAUUGUUCAUCGAGAUUUGAACAAAAAAAAAAAGGGGGUCAAAGGAAAAAUUUGCAUCAACUAAAUUAAAAUCUGAAACGAGAUUAUACCAAAGCGACUACAACUAAAAUCUAAUGGCAAGGGACAAAGCUGAAAAACUAAGCCAGAGCAACUUACUAACCAUGUCACCAUAAAAUUUGAGUAGAGUCCCAAAGAGAUGUAAAUUCACAGACUGCACAACAAAGGACUUUUAUCAAUGCAUUGAUGGUCCUUCAAAUACAAAACGACUUAGCAACGUUCAGCUAUUUGGUCAUCGAGUUAGGUUUCACGAUAUGAGAACUUAAUUCCCCGAAUUUGAUACCUCAAUACUGAAACUCCCCAAAACGAACAGCAUAUCCAAGUCAACCCCUAUUAGCUUCAAAUUAAAGUAUUGAUACUAAAUUAGUAAAGUUGACCAAGCCAAAAUGGAUAAUUCUAUUAAAUGCAUACAAACCUAAUCAAUCCAGUGACAAAACAUAAUAAUAAUCUAGAAGAAGAAAAAACAGAGAAAAAAGACAAUUAGCAAAAAAUAUCUUCUUUCCAAGAAUGUAAACUUCCACGAAACAAAAGAACAGUCACUAUCCCUUGUUCUCUAAGCUUGACCCAAAACAUUUCAAGUCAUUUCAUAAUAUAUAAAACAAUAAAACUGAAGAACUCAAAACCAAAGAACGUCAUAAAUAGCACAGAAGAACAAGCUUUUAGCCUCAAAGUCACUAACCUUUUUCAAAUGGCAUCAUCAUCAUCAUCAUCAUCUUCUUCAAUCAAAUUCAUAGAAAAAGCCCUUCUUGCCACCGGAUCCUUUGCUCUAUCUUACACCGAUCCUGAUCAGAAAUGGCUAAUCAGAAAGCAUCUAACUUCAUUCCUCCAAGACUAUCCAAACUUCGAGCUCUCAACCAAUACAUUCAACCACAACAACGGAGCCAAAGUUCAACUCUUUUCCCUUGAAGGAUCACUACGUAUACGAAACUCCACUACACAACUCCCAACCGUGAAACUAACCAUUUGGAUUCACGAAAACUACCCAAUAACGCCUCCUCUAGUGUUUAUAAACCCUGAUUCAAUUCCAAUUCGCAACAACCACCCAUUCGUAAGUUCUUCAGGAUUCACAAACUUUAGAUACAUCGAAACAUGGGAAUACCCACGAUGCAAUUUACUCAAUUCCAUCCGUAACCUCAAGAAAGUUCUCGCUAACGAUCACCCUUUUGUACUCACUGAUUCAAUCCCAACCCGGAAGAACCUAUCGAUUUCGAGAACAGAAGCUUUAGAUCGAUUAGCCACGAGUCUCCACUACGACGUUCUAACAAUCAUGGAGAGAUCAGAGGAAGAGAUUGAGAACCUCUGGAAACUUCAAUCAGAGAUGAAGCAAAGAUCCGAAUCUGUUAAUACAAUCAUCACCGAGGUUGAGAACGAGAGAGAGACAUUAAAGGUGAGAGCUUUGAAUCUCAAAGAACACACCGAUGUUUUGGAGAACUGGGCAGAGACGAACUAUCGUAAACUGACGAAAUCGACGACGAUUGAUAUGGGAAUCGAGGAAAUGUUCGAACUUGACUCGGAGGUUGAAGGAUUAGCAGAAGACGACGCCAUUGAAGAUGUGUUGAGAGUACUGGAAGAAGCAGCGGCGAAGGGAGAGUUGGAGAUAGGUUCGUAUCUAAAGCAAGUGAGAGUCUUGGCUAGAGAACAAUUCUUCAUUAGGCAUAAUCGUUUAAAAAUUGAAUCUUUUCAUAUUUGAUGAGUUCGUUAUGAACCUUUUCUUUUUGUAAAUUUAUCUUCUUUUUUGGGUAUAAUGAUGGACUAAAUAACU